UGAAUGUCUGUAAACAUUUCUUACGACAGGCCAUUUGCAGUGGGCAGAUCUGAGUGUACUUCAUAGGUGUGAGUUUCCUGAAAAAUAAUGCACUCCUUUAGAACGUUCGUCAGCCAAUCAGAAUGAAGCACUCAACAGCCCCGUGGUAUAAUAAUAUAUAUUGUGCAUUUCUAAGGCAGCAUUAUACUGUAUAUCAUUGUCGAGCCUGACAAUGAACAUUAGAGCGCCACCCUCAGAUUCAAUGACGUAAGUACACGAGACCUUAGCCAAAGGUGUUCUGAAUGUCCAGUCAUUGAAAUCAUCUUGCUUUGGUGAUUUCCUGCACUUAUUUUUUCUACUUUCGAUUUCUAUGUUGCUUUAUUUGUAAGACUGCACCAAAUUCAUAAAUGCACCGCAUCACGUCAGGACCCGCCCAAGAAACAGCAGCACCUAUAAAUGAAGUGCACUCUCCUUCACCGCUGUUCACGUAGGCAGCGAUUAACAGCAGCUCUCGUACGGAAAGAUUCUUCGCUUGAUUGCACUGUAGGACCUCGGACUGAAACAUCUGAUAUUAUAUUGAAUAUAGGGUUAAACAUAGGUAUUUCGUAUAGGUCUGUUGUUCUCUGAUUUCUACUGAUCCAGUUGCAUCUCAGGACAUAGGCUAUAGAUGACAGCAUUCUGUGCAUCAUUGGAUUGUAUUAAGGGGUGAGAGAAAAGGAGAGCAUUUGACAUUUUAACAACGAACUUCUUUGCUUUGACCAGGCGCUACAUCCUGUUUUUUAAAUAAAGGCAGGCUGAAUAGACACUACCUGACGACCAUGUUGCUAAGUUUUUGUGCUUUGAUGUCAUUGGUAUGGGGACUGCCCAGCUGCUCUGCUUCUUACGUGCCCUGUGAGCCGUGCGAUCAGAAGACGAUGUCCAUGUGUCCUCCAGUACCGGUUGGGUGUCAGGUGGUGAAGGAGCCCGGCUGCGGCUGCUGCUUGACCUGCGCGCUGACUAAAGGGCACGCGUGUGGAGUCUACACGGGCACAUGCGGACAGGGAUUGCGCUGCCUGCCUCGGAACGGGGAGGAAAAACCACUUCACGCUCUGCUUAACGGCAAAGGGGUUUGCAUGAACGAGAAAACAUAUAAACCACCUGCUAUUCUAAAACAUGGUGAGUCAAAGGACGACCUGGUUUCUGCGGUAACAGAGGAUUUGCUUUCCCAGGCCAAGGUUCCAGUAUUCCCAAGAGCCCACAUUAACAGCCAAAAAGCUCAGGCCAUGCAAAAAGACAAGACGAGACAGCAGUCUAAACUGAGGACCAUGGGCCGUAUGAAAUAUUCCCCUUUUGCCAUGGACAAACACCAGUCUGCGAUUGGUCCAUGCCGAAGGAAGCUAGAUGAAAUUGUCCUAAGGAUGAAGGACACCUCCAGAGUCAUGGCUCUUUCACUCUACCUGCCCAACUGUGACAAAAAAGGAUUUUUCAAGCGCAAACAGUGUAAACCAUCCAGGGGGCGUAGACGGGGAAUCUGCUGGUGUGUGGAUAAGAAUGGAGUUCAAAUGCCAGGGACUGACUACAGUGGAGGUUACAUCCAGUGCAAAGAUCUCGAGAACAACAGAAGCAACCAGUGAGACAAUUUGUUCACCUAUGACAGGGCCAUACACUCACCCUUGUCUGCCAUAUUAGGUCAAUUGCGUGUCAUCCCUUAUUUUCAAACAUAUGUCCUAAUGACAGAAUCCCUCUAGACACUACCAUUCACAAGUGUGGAAUCACUACAAAGGUUGUAUGUUUUUAAAAUAAAUGAUGAUAGUAAUGAUUAAACUGAUCAUAAAUUAAACUGAUCAAGAAUUGCAGUCAAGACAUUAUGUUACAAAUGACUAUUUAUAUAAGAUACUGUAUAAUGAUGGGACUUUAUUUAAUAAAUUGUAAAGAUAAUCUCAUAAAUGCUGUCAUUAUUAAUAUUUAAUUUAUCUGUAAAUAUCAGAAUGAAGUAUUCCAGAGCACUGUGUAAUAAAGAACUGUAAUGUGUUCAACAAACUUGGAACUACUUCAUUCAUUAUUAGGAAAUAAUUAAAACUUCUGAACAUCAGUCAGCCAAUCAAAUUCAAGCAUUUAAAGCGGCCAUAACACGCGCGGUUUCUGCCAAUCUCAUAUUAAUCUUGAGUACCUACAGUAUAGAGUAGUAUUGCAUACUUCGUAUCUUCGAAGAGUAUUUAGUUUGAUUACAUUUAUAAAAGAUAGAUACAGCUGUACGAUUAUUUCCGAAAGCAUACGGUGCAUGCGGGGGGAGGGGUAGGCUGAACUAAAGCACAUGUGCAUCCAUUGCCAACAAAACACAGACAUCAGUUUCACUCACCGCAUGCGGUUCAUGUCCGGCAUCUUUUAGCGCUGGGACGGCACCAUAUAUUAGUUUCAAACGAUCUCCAAAUCCAGCGUUAUAUCCACCGUUUAUAUAACAUUCAUCACCCAAAUGCAGUGAACAAACAAACACUUGAACUUCGCGAACGUAUGCUCUCUCUCUCUCCUGCACACAAGUGAAAGUGACGUCUGCGCAUGCUCCUUCUCCUGGUCUCCUUGCUGCCGCGUGGGCGUACCGCGUGCUUUUCCGGGAGAAUUGUCCAAUAGGGACUAAGAAAAAUUGUUACGAAACAGUUUUAUAUGUUCGAAAAAAACUUUCCGAAACCUGUACGAUCGCUGGGGGAGUGUAUCGAGAACAGAAAUACUACGUAAUACGCCCUACUCGUUUUUUGACAAGUUGACCAUGUUAAGCAUGAGAAGACAACACGCUUAACAUUGUAAAGAAGUCAGAAUGCAUGAAACACCGUUGCACGGCCGCUUUAACAACACUGUGGUAUACAUGUAAAAAUGAACAAACUGCAUUCUUGCUGGUUAAUAUUUUGUUCAUCUUAGAAUCUUUAAGAAGCUGUGCAGACCUUUCCAACUGUUUAUUGAGAUAUUCUAUUUUAUUCUAUAGCAGUUCUAUGGUGUGGUUGGCUUGUGGGUAAUUAUUUUUAUUUUUUUAACUUAUCUAACUGUUUUCACAUGCAACAAAAAAUAAUGAAAUAACAAUCAGCGACAUGUGCGGCACAGUUAUACAAACAGUAGCUCAGUGAUAAGGCCAUUGCAAUGCUUUAUUGUAAAUUAACUUUGACCAUUGACCAAUCAGCAUCAAUGACAGUAAAUAUAUGUUUUAUAAUAAUUAGAGAUCCAUCGAUACUAAAUUUCUCCACCGAUAGCAGAUUAUUCAGAGUGAUAUCUGCAGAUGCCUAUAGCCUUUCCGAAGAUUAAGUUAACAUUUCUUAACUUUCUGAAUGUUAUUAAUUCAUAUAAUGAUCGGGAUCAUCAAAAUAGCUUUUAUCGGCAGAUACUGAUUAUUGGCUGAUAUAUCGGUGAAUCUCUAAUAAUAAUGUAUUUGACUGCUUUUUGAUCAGUUACCAGUUACCUUGGUAAACGGAAACAUCAGUUUAAUUGAAAAACUCGAAAACGUUUUGCAAAGUGAUUCCAAACGUCUGAAAAGUAGUGUAUGUAUCCAUGCACCUUUAAACACCUCAGACAAUAUAAGCACCAGUUAUCAAAUCCUGUAGUUAUCUUCAAAAUCACCUGUCACAUUAAAACAAAUUGUGAUGUACUGUAUAUCUCAAAAUCAAUGUGUAUUUCUUGGUAUGAUUUUAUGAUUAAGGUAGAAAUGUAUUUGAAGAUUUUUUUUCACUGUAUCCUAAGCUUAUUACUACACUUACAAAAAGGCUAGAUGCUUUUGUCCCUACAAUUUCUCAUACACUUUCUGAUUUUAGUUAUUUUGCACCCAAGUGUUCAAUUUGAAUGAGUUGCUUGCAUGUAUUCCACUACUUUACUCCAGAUCUUAGGUAAUAAGCUUACUGUCCUGCAAUAUCACCUAGCCGAUAAGAAUAAAACUCAGUUCAUAUUAUAACAAUACAUUUAAAAAAAUGAAAGAAAUCUAGAAGAAUCAGCUUUUCCUCUGCAGAAAUGUUGGGGGGGGGUCUAGAUAACUUUCCAUGAAGUAAGGGAGAUGCAUUAUUAACAUACAUUAACCAACCAGCCAUCUUCUCUUCUCAUACCCUGUCUUUAUCUCUUCAGGGUCUUCUUAUCUCAGUAUUCUAUUUUGUAUCUUUACAUUGGGUUUUCAAAAAAGGCACAAACACUAAGAUGUGACCUAUAGUAUUCAGAAGUAUAGAUUUAAACUUCAAGCUCUUUAAAGAAGACCUGGUGAGAUCAAAGUGUUUUGUAGGUCCUUGCCCACAGAAUGUUUUCCAAAUAACAAUUUAUAAUUAAUAAAUUAAUAAUAAUUUAGAUUAAUAAAAUAAUAAUGUUUUUUGUCAAUUCAUAAUUGUUCUCAAUUGUCCCUGAAGAAACUGUUCAACUGUAGAAUUGUGGGAAUCGGAACUGUAGAAGCAUAUGUGUUUAAUAUAAAUAAUACCUCAGAUUGACUCAUAUUGACUCAUACUUUAUGACUCAUACUUUUAUUUCAACCUAAUCCCAAAAUAUCAGAUUUCUUCUGAUAAAACUCUAUGCUUAGGUAGGCUUGAUCUUGUGUGAAACAUCAGUGUGAACUGCGAAGCAGACCUGUGUGACAAGCUUUGCAGGGCAGGGUUGUAGAAUUGGAAAUAAAAUGAAUACUGGCCAAAUCUGACUUAAAAAUAUAAGAACUAUGGUAUAUUUUUCCUUUAGAAUAUCUUUGUCACAAACUGUGAGAAGAACCCAAUUGCAGGCAGCCAGAGGUGAAGGGGUUAACACAGACUUUUAUUUAACAAAAUAAAACAAAA